CUAUUUAUUUUUUGAAAAAAAAACCCUUUUAAAAGUAGCUGGCGUAUAAUCGUUUUCGUGGAAAAAUGUGAACAAUAAUAUAAUUACUGUCCACAGCGAUAUGUUGCAAUGCAAAAAUUAAACGAGUUUAAAUGAAUGAGAUUAAAGAGGCGAGUGCGGCAGUUUAACAGUCAAACAAAUGUGUGAAAAUAUAAAUAUUCGCAGUGCCCGGAACUGCCAAGCCACAUAAGCGGGCUCAGAAGCGAGUUCAGAAGAACUAACUAAACUCAUUACAAAACCAAACACAAAAAAAAAUAUUCUCAUCACCACCAUGAACAAGGUCGCUACCGAAGAACCCAGCACUUCAAGCGCUACGACGAAGCAUGUCAAAAUCAACUCUUCCGCCGUCAAAGCCACCAACACCACAACAACCGAUACUGCCACCUUGCCGAAGAAAAGCGCGGCACCCUCUACUUCGACUUCGACGCCCACCCUCGCACAAAUUGGCACACAAACAUCGCAGCAUUUUCGUCUCAGUCAAAUCUCCGACAGCGGUGCUGAGGGUGGCGACGAACAGACGCGCCUCAUACGCUCACCCUCCGCGCGUUCGCAUAAAUUCAUCAUCAUACCCGCCACACCGCCCACGCCCAAUUUAACGCCUACCGGCUCAACAAAAGAAAAACCUCCCACAUUUCGACCAACCUUCACAGCAAACUCAUUGUCCACUCUAGCGGCCACAAUCCAGAAGACGCCCGGCACAAGUUCACAACAAACCACAAAACAACAGCCGCCAUUACAAAGACCGAAAUCAGUGGCGCGUCAGUUGUCUGCGUUAGCAUCGGCGGUGGCGGUGGCGGGCACAAUAACUACAGUAGCCGCAGCACAACUGCAGCCGAUGCCGCCGCCAAACGGAGAGAAUCAAAUACCUACGCCGACUACAGUUAAUCAGUCAAUGCUCACAUCGCCGCACCACAGCUCAAUUAAUUUCACGCGCGGUGCAUUAGCAGCCGCAACAGCAACGGCAGCAGCAACACCAUCAUCAUUAACACGUUCAGCAAAAUCACAAUCGGAUGUAGCUCAUCAGUCGACUAGCGCUAAUACGCCAGCCAAAACAGCAACAACAAUAGCAGCUGCGCUUAAUAAUAAUGCAGCUGGCGUGACAUUUACAAUUGAGGAUUGCGAAUCGGAUGGUGGCGUUAGCAGCGAUUAUAUGCCUGCCUUCGAUGCAACACUUCAUCCGAGCAAUGCAACCGCAAUCAGUUCCAUUAAAUCCGCGACGAAACUCACACCCGCAUAUACGAUUGCUGUCGGUACACAGACGCCACUCUCCUCAUCGACAACAGCGUUGGUUACAGCCAGCACAGCACCCGCAUCCACAGCAGUCUACCCCUACUAUCGUAGCGCCUUGACUGCCAGCGAAACAACGCCAUAUUUGCAAGGGUUUAGUUCACGCGGCCGCAGCGAGAGGAGCAGCAUGAGAUCGGUGGUAUCAGCUUACAUUCCCAGCUCCCAGGACCCCCUUGGCGAUGCGCUGGCACAAUAUGAGCAACAGCAACAGCAACAACAACAUUAUUUACGACCCAGCCAUUCGGGUAAAGAUUUAAGCGCUAGUUCCUCAUUCAUUUAUCAUGAUCACGUUGCCAAUCAAAUAUAUUCGGAUGUGACGUCGGUACGCUCAAUAGCAUCGAUUGGCAUCGGUUCGACGGAUGGACGUAGAUUGGUGAUUAGACGAGUGCCGCAUACCCCGCAUGAGCUAUUCAAUAUGGUGCAUCCACCGACGCCACCGUAA